AGGACAUUUUGAGGCCUUUCUUUUGUCAUGUUUGCUGCUUUUGAUUUCUUUUCAGAUUCUCUUCUGUGCUUGGAAAGAACCACCCCCAUGCAUCUGCCACUGAUCAUUCUGGGCCUAGCUGCCCUUUUUGACACUUCCAAUCAGUCUGGAUGCUAUGGUGAUAUAAACAGAGUUGAUACCACUGGGGCGUCUAGUCAAACUGCAAGACCAGAAGGUUUAAACUAUGCUGGAGUCCGGGCUUCUGAAACGAUUGCUGCAAAGGACCUAAUCAGAAUGAAUAAAUACAAAGAUUUAAUUCAAAGAGCUGGCAGCAACCAGUGUGUGGAUCCAGCUGUGAUUGCUGGCAUCAUCUCUAGAGAGUCACAUGCAGGAGCUGCCCUAACCGCUGAUGGCUGGGGUGACAGGAGAAAUGCCUUCGGUUUGAUGCAAGUUGAUAAGAGGUAUCAUAAACUCGUUGGGGAAUGGAACUCUGAGGCUCAUCUCAUCCAGGGCACACAAAUCCUUGUCGGUAUGAUUAAGGCAAUCCAGAGAAAGUUCCCAAGGUGGACAAAGGAACAACAGCUGAAAGGUGGGAUUUCUGCCUACAAUGCAGGACCUGGAAAUGUCCGGACCUAUGAAAAAAUGGAUAUUGGCACAACCCACAAUGAUUAUGCCAAUGAUGUAGUUGCACGAGCCAAGUUUUACCAGAAAAAAGGAUUCUAAAUGUGGGAAUGCCCUUCUACUCAGAUAUAUUACAGUCCUUAAGCUGAUCGGUCCAACUUCCAUAAGAGACCUAGAGCAUUGCUCAAUGUUACUGAUUGUUCCUCUGUGCUACGUGGUUUCCUUGUUGUCUUAUAGUUAGUGUAUUGCCUUCCCAAUUUAAAAUGAUGCUUAUUUCACUAUCUGUCAUUCUGCUAAGAAAUCAAAAGGGAAAGUUAUCUCUUUGGGAAAUUUGGGGGUGGGGAAUUAAGCUUUCAUUUUCAAUUGUUUUGUAAAUUACUUUGAAAAUGCAUUCUUACAGCAGCUGGCUUUUGGUUGGAAAUCUUCAGGUCUAAGUGAAUCAUCUGCUUGUAUUCUAAUUUUGCAGAAAAUACGUAGAGCCUGGAGGGAGUGCUUUCAAUUGAAGAAAAAUAAGCAAGUGGAAUCUUAAUAAAAAUAUUAGUGGGUGAAGAGUAACCACAACAGUGCUCACAUUUCACUUUAUCAGCAAAGUUUGGAUGAGGACAACUUUAAAUCAAAGUGUGUAAAUUCCAAAAAGGAAUGGAAUGAAAGACAGUUGUGCUAUAUACAUUUAGGGGUUUUCUCUGCCAUCAAGGGCCUUAACAUUGAUUACUUGCAAAGG